AUGGGAUUGAAUUCGUUUCAAGCCAUUGAAUUUGGCAAUGAUGGACGACGAAGUGUUGCCCUCAACGGGGAUAUAGUUUUUUCCAAUUUACUUCUUUUAGAUAACUUAAAUUAUACAUGUGAAGCAACAUUAGUCGUUUCUGGCGACAUAAGACGUAGUCGUGGAUCACUAAAUGUAUUAACGGUCAACGGUAAAGAUCGUCCAUUGACAGUUAUUAGGACUAGCAAUUCCAUCGUAGCUGGAGUCUUAGGAAGAGAUGCAAGUUUGGAAUGCAUCCCUGGUGGACGGCCUACUCCAGUUGUCAGUUGGUGUAUCUACAAUCCUUUCAACUAUCAAUGCCGACCAAUUGUCUCUGAUAAUAGUAAAUACUUGUUACAGUUUGGUAAUCGACGACUUCUGAUUCGAAACAUUGGAUAUCAAGAUAGAGCCAUUUAUCGCUGUGUCAUGAAACUUAACUCCCAAGAACAAAGACGUGAUAUUAACUUAAUCAUUCACACGCUACCAACUUGGAGUAAUCCAUUAACUUAUACUACUGCAUCCAUUGAGGAUCGCUUUACUUGGCCAUGUAUAGCUGUUGGCACUCCUCCUAUUACCUAUCGGUGGUAUCGAAAUGGAAGUGAGAUCCUUCGGAAUGAUCGUCGAUUUACAUUUACCAAUAGUUACGGCAAUAUUAUCUUUAACAAGUUGGAAACAACCGAUAUUGGCGUUUAUCAAUGUCAAGCAACUAAUCAAUAUGGGACUAUAUUUUCAAGUGGUUAUUUACUCGUUAGAUCGUUUGGCGUCAUUUUUACUAAGCCUUUUAAUCAAAAUCAACUCAUUCAAACUGGUCAAAUUGGAGAAUUUGAAUGUUUAGUUGAUGGUGGACCAAAACCUACUAUGAUCUAUCGUUAUAAUGGUAGUGUUAUCCAAUUCCCGUCUAGUAAAUAUACUGCCCUAUCCAAUGGCAAUUUAAGAAUCCAUAAUGUUGCGAUUAAUGAUACUGGAAGUUAUCAAUGUACCGCUACAAAUCGAUUUACGCCCAAUCCUAUUACGAGUACCGCAUCACUUCGAGUUUAUGGUUAG